ACCCGCGCGGACGGGCAGACGCACAGCGGCGAGUGAGCGCAGUCGCGUGGUCUGAGAGAGGGUUGUCCGAGACGGUGACUGUCGGUGCUCGCAUAUCUGUGCCAGAAAUGGACACAUCAGUCGAUUCGGAUAAAAAGGAAUCUUUGGAAGACAGUUCUUCAUCUUCUUCGAACUCAUGGCCAGUCAAGAAUUCAAAGACGGCGUCGUUCCGCGUGCUGUCUCUAGUGUACGCCAAACUGUUGGUGGUCGUGUGCAUCGCCUUCCUUAUCUCCGAGAUCGUCACCACCAACGUCCCGCUUCACUAUUACGAGGGUUUCUUCGCGUACAUGUACGGCGGCAGCAUCCUGUUCCUCAGCUAUGUGUUUGUCUACCUGCUGAGAGAACCCUCGGGACGGACCGGAGCCGCGGGCAGCAGGGACUGCAACACACUCUUCUGGAACAAGUGGCGAAGCCGGGGCUCUCCGGUGGAAGUGAGCCUGAACAACAUCAACGGCUCUCAUGCGGAGACGCGCGGAGCCAGCGUUGCGCGUCUGCGAAAGGCCCGAACCAGCGACAACGACCACAGCCACGGAGGCUUCUUCCUGCGCGUGGGGGCCAUCGCGUUUGGCCUUGGAGCUAUGGUGUACAACGGCCUAGAGCUGGGAUCCUAUUUCGAGCUGCCGAAUGACUCGGACUGUCGGAAGAUCCUCCUGGCUGUGAAUCCAUGCCUCCAGGCCACAUUUACUUUCAUGCAGAUGUACUUCAUCUUCGCCAACCCAAAGCUGAACAUCCACAAGCUGAAGCUGGUGGCCCGGUUCGGUCUGAUGCACGUGGUGGCAACGAACGUGUGCGUGUGGGUGCGCACUCUGGUCCGUGAAAGUCUGCGCGUGUUUGUGGAGUACGCCGAGGAGGGCGAGCGCCACGGGGACGAGGAUCACUCCGGCGAACGCGAAGACCACGAGGCGAUUGAGGAUUUUUCAUCAUUCGUCAGAACCUACGGGUUCCGUUUCACAGGAGUGGCGAGCGUGGCCGGCCGCCGAGGGAACCAGACGUGCGGCAGGGUGAACAUCAUGGGCUCGAUCGUCAGCGACGCCUCGCCCUACCUGUUCCCGCUCAUCAUCGAGUACUCGCUGAUCGGCGCCACGGUGCUGUUCGUCAUGUGGAGACAUGUCGGCCGCUGUCCGCGCUACGUGUCCACGGACAGCGACGACCGGUCCAGCGCCGGCGAACGGCGACCGACGGCUGGAAAGGUGGACUGUGUGGGCGUCUCGAAGGGUCUGUUCGCCGGCCUGCUGGUGGUCGCGGCCAUCGUCAUCAGUCUGGUGCUGUUCUUCGUGCUGGUGGGACGCGACGACCACCGGCGGCUAGCGAUCCUCCUGGCCGACACCAGCCACGCAACCAUCCUCGUGCUGAUGGUGUUCACCUGCCUGGCCGGAUUCAUCAAAUGUCGUCAGCUAAAGUUUGCCUACGACAAGCCGGACGACCUGGAUACGAUUCUGCUGCGUAUCUCCGGCUUCGGCCUGUUCCUGUACUCGACGUUCUGCCUGAUCGCCGCCGCCCUGUCGCCGCAGAAGAACGUCUCCAGCGUCCUGCUGCUCAUCACCUCGCUGCUGGUUGUCAUCCAGGUGCUGGCACAGCUGGUCUUCAUCUCGGACGUCAUGAAGCGUUCUGUGUACCUGCCCGAGCACGACCGGACCAAACCUGGCCGACAGCUGGUCACGUUUCUUCUGCUCUGCAAUCUGGCACUCUGGGUUGUCUACACCAUGGAAAUCGACAAAGUGGACGCCAACCCUGUCCAGCUGCAUUUCUACGGGCCGCUGCCGUGGGCGGUGAUCCUGCGCGCCACCCUGCCACUGGCCAUCUUCCACCGCUUCCACUCCACCGUGGUGCUGGCGGAAGUGUGGAAGUCUAGCUACAGGCUCCAGUGAACCGCCUGACGCCGAACGCACUCAUGCACUGCUGCUAUCAUCCGCGCGCAUUAUGUCUUUGUAGCGCUAACCCAACGUGCCACUCGCGCUGAAUGUCAUUACUAAGUGUGGUGAUUCAUGAUCUGUUUGUUGAUCUGAACGGCAUGGUCCGUGCCAUGCGCCAUAGGACCAUCAAACAAGACAAGGUGGCGCAUGGAUAACGCAUUUUUACAGCGUUUUUAUAUUCUUCCUUUUACAAAUUGUGACGCAUUGCCGAAAGAAAAGUUGUUCAACCAUGGCCUGUCAAUUGGUUUACACUGUUUUUAGUUGCCAAUAUUACAUGCGUAGUGUGCGGUGU